CUAGUUACGCACUUAAGAGGUAAUGGGAAUGAUAAACGUAAAUUUUUCAUUCCUUUGACGAAGUUUCGUUUCAGUGAGACACAACUAGUCUAUUAAAAAUGAAUUAACUAGAUGGAUUGUAUAGUUUGCGUGUUUGUACUUUGGAUGGGGAUUUAAAUGCUUGACAUGUUUUCAUAAGAAAAUAUUUUAAUUAUACCGCCAUUGUCCACGUCAAAAUAUGUAUGUAUACAUUUGUACAUUUAAAAAGCACGAAACGAAAAAAAUGAUAGUGAUUUUAUAACUCGCAAGUAUAACCACAACAUUUAAUUUUGAGUCUAGUUUCUGUGUUUCAGUUGGGUUAUAAACAACUGCGAGUAUAACCAGAACAUUUAAUUUCAAAUAAAGUGUUUGUUUAGUUAUAAUCAGAACAUUUUGUUGUAUUUUAGUUGGGUAAACAACAUUUGUUAGUAAUAUUUUAUGUUAGUGAAUUGUGUUUAAAAUGAACUGUAAACAUUGAAAGUUCGUGUUCUUUCGGGGUGUGUGUAAACAACUGAAGCGUGACUAAAUAAAAUAAAGGGGGAUAAUUCAACAUAUCGUAUUAGCAGGUCACCAAGAAUUGCGGAUGUGUUUAAAUCGACCCCAGUUAUUUAAGUUUCUAGGUCACUGGUAAACCAUGAUUAAGGAAGUAAACUUUCGUAAAUACUGUACGAGUGUCAUGCAGUUGGACCCUGUAUUAAGAUUCCGAUGUUUAUUUGGGACACAAAAGAGGUGAAGAUAAAUGUUGCUGGGGAAAUUCAUGGGGACCAAACCAGGCAAACUGAAACAAGCGACGGCCAAUCGAAGAAAUAAAACAUUUAAUCACGAAAACAUAGACGUUGACAGAGGAAAGACACUCGAAAAUCUUGAAAGAUUAAGGAAUCAGUCACAAGAAGGAAAUGUGACCAGGAUCAGAUGCAUAGAAAACACACACGAGACAGCUGAGAAUAAUUCGAGCAACUAUGUAAUAAAUUCAUCCCCUCAUGGUUCUUUCAGCUCAUCACCCAACUGCAAUAGCAAUGUAUCUCAGAAGCCAAAAGGUCGAUUAGUGAAUGGUAAAGUAGAGUAUGAAUGUGAUUUAACAAAUGAUCGCGAAAUACCUACUCAGCAAAAUGAGUCUUCUGGAAAUAGACCUAUGGGGGUUGGGAGAGUCUCAGUUAAGAAUGUGUAUACAAGAUAUGAAGAUGAAUCAACAAGUGUGGUUUCUGGAGUUUAUAGUGAAAGAGUGAUAUCUAGUAAUGCAAGCUUGAAUAUUGAACAAUGUGAAUCAACUACAAGUCAUCACGCUAUAAGCUCGAGUGAAAAUGAACACCUAACAACAGAUGAUGCCUCGGAAGGUGAAGCGAAAUAUGAUGCAUAUCUGAAUUGUCCAGCAGAGCACAUCUUGGUUGGAAAAAGAAUUUUAGAGGUAUUGGAAAACCCCCCCUACAAUUUUAAAUUAUUUUUACCUCAAAGACAGAUUUUGCCAGGCCUUGUUGAAUAUGAUGCCAAGGCCGAAAUUGUAGAAAAGAGAUGUUCUGGAAAAGUUAUAGCACUUCUGUCAAGGGACACCAAAUCAUCUGAAGCUUGUGAUUUUAUCAACCAUUUUGCAAAAUCUCUCGAUCCAGUUUCCAAGCGUACAUAUUUGAUUCCAGUUAAGAUAGAUGACGAUGCUUAUAUUCCAAGAAUUCUUCAAGGGAUGUACUUGAUUCGUUAUAGUAGAGACAAUAAUCGAGGGUUUUUUUGGGAUAAACUUUCUAAAUCCAUCAGAUCAAACGUGCCAUUAAGUGAGUCUGAAUUGGAAUAAAUCCCAGGAACAAAAAUCAUCGUUUUCCGGUCCAUUUCCAAUAUAGAACAAUUUACGGUGGUUUUAUUGUAAUGCCAGGAACAAAGAAUUAGUGAAAUAUAAUUUGUUGACAAAGACUAGACAAACGUGUUCAGUAUUCUGUGAGUUUAUAAUUCGUAUAUAGAAUAAUAAUAUGCGAACCUUUAUAUGAGUUUUUCAAUUACCAAAUUAUCAGCCUAGAUCUGAUAUUUUAAGUUUUUUAAGAACAGUCCUACCUCAACGAUAUAUAAUGACAGUAACCUUGGUGGCUCUCUAAGUAUAUAUAUUUUAGGAACAGAUUAGAUACAUCUUUUGGGAAUAUAAACAGUUAAUUUGUUUUGGGACUAGACGCUUAAUUACCUUUAAGGAUAUCUAUGAUGCUUAUUUUGGGAAUAGACCGUCAAAAUUUACUGUUGUGAAAUCUAUAAUAAUUACAAAUACCUUUUUAUAUCUCCACACUGAAAUGUGGUCGUAUAUUGUCGUCGCCCGUCUGGCCGUCCGUAUGUCUACCCAUCUUUGUGCCCACUUGUGGACGCUCUAGAGACUAUAGUUAGUAUCCGAUAUAAGACGAAGGGGCAUAUUUCCAGUAAUUUCUUUCGGAGUUAUGACCCUUGAUUACUUUGAAAAAUCAUGUGGACGAUUUAUACAUAGUAUUUAUUACCGACAAAAGAGAAAUAUGCGACAACCCUAGUGAAUUGCCCGGACAACUUCACUGAUGUCGGCGUAUGGUUCGUUGCCUGGCAACCUAGCCUUUGCAAUGUAACAAAACACAUGUAGUUUGUCUAUUUUUAAAGUAAGAACAAUAACUAUAAAUUUUGGGAUCUGUCAGUUGAAUAUAUUCGAUUUUACACAAUGUAUUCUAGAAACACAAGAAAACAGCAUAAAAACGAAAUAAAAAUAAUAAAAUACAAGUGAAGGGUUCUUUACAAAAGUGUUUAUUCAGAUGCCAGGUAAAGUGUAAAUAUAACUGAGUUUUCUUUAAGAUGAAAAUAUGUAUCAGUGUACAUUUAUGCAGUGAACAGAAAUUGUAUUUAUUUAAUUUAAUAAAGAUAGAGGUAUAUUUA